AGCCCCCACGCUCUGACAGGAAGCUGAAGGAGCGAAUAUCAGAGCUUCAGGAGAGGAGGCGGAGCCUGCAGACCCAGCUGAGUACACGACUGGCUGAGCUUAGGCGCAUCUGUCUGCAGGAAGCUGAGCUGACAGGUGCAGUGCCCAGUGACUUUCCCCUGGAGGUGGGCGAGAAGCCCCCAUGUGUUCGGAGACGAGGUGGAGUGUCCUGCUCAGGGAACAGGAAGUGUCGAGUGGAGGAGGAUGAUGGUCAGCGUUUUAAACCAAAGAAAACUUUAUUCAGUGGAGCUCUGAGGAAACACAGCGACUCUGAACACAAUACACACACUCAAACACACACACACCACGGCAAGAGGACCGUGCACAGAGGCUGCCACACAGGUCCAAACAUUGUGAGACUCUUCAGACCAACCCCAGACCCCAGUGUCAGCUGCAGCACCAGCAGUCCCAACCAAGCAGCCAGCCAACCCCAUCGCAGCACCAGCUGAUCUACAAUGGUUGCUCUGCCCAGCCACCCUCAGUAGCCCCGCCCACUUACCUUAGUCACCAAGGCAACCAGCGAAGAGUCACUGUCACCCGCACAAAGUCCUGCGGUCCAUUCCUACUUAUGCAGCAGAGCCAGUCCGACGCCCACCAUCAACCUCCACCCACCAUUCAACCAGACCCCCACCCCCACCUUUUGCCCCCACGGCCAGCCCAGCUGCCCCCCCACCAGGACUCCCAGCUACAGGAAGCCACCAGGAGCCUUCACAAGGCCCUGGCUUUAGAAGGUCUGAGGGACUGGUACCUCAGGAACACCCUAGGCUCCCCACACCAGAACCAGGUUAAUGGAAAGGUCACCACAGAGGUCAACACCAAACUGAACCCUGGAGUCAAAGGUCAGGUCACAGGGUGUAGAGCUCUGCAUCGAAGACCAACAACUCACAGCGUCGUCCAGCAGUCGACCAAUCAGCGAGAGGCCGGCCAUCUCUAUGCAGUGCCACAUCACAAACAGAUGCUGCCACAUUCUGCCACGUUCCACGGACACCCGCUGCACGGCAGGCCUGUGGAGAACUCAUUCUGCCAAGAGUCGUUUGGCUCCCAGAAACAGGAAGUCCAUCCCAGAGACCCACCAGUGAAUCAGAUGUCCCCAGGGACUCUAGUCUGACCUCCUGACCAAUCAAGACUUUGAGACUCCGGUCUGACUCACGAACCAAUUCCAACAUUGGUCCUAAUUGGUCCUAGUCAUAUUUAACCAGCAACUUACCAACCAAUAAGGACCAGCAAACCAGCCAACUCCAGGGACUCUUGUCUGACUCACCAACCAAUCAGGACCCUGAAAACCAAAGGCACAGAUCAGUCCCAGACUGGUUUCCUAGUCUUGGUGUUCAGGCUGUAAUAAGAAAGAGUUUGUGGUCCUGGUGGAUCGUAUUUCCAGUUGUUACCUUCAGAUGAUGAUGAUGAUGAUGAUGAUGAUCCUGUUGUGGUUUAGAGAGCUGCUGGCACCCAAACUAGCCCCACCCCUUUCUUACAGCCCACUGAUUGAACCACUUGUUAGAAAGAUGGGAGCAAUCAGGUAUCAGACUCAGCGAGACAGACAUACCACCCCCCCCACCCUCAAAACUUUCUGCACCUUAAGAAGGUCUGACCAACCCCUGUAGGUACCUUUACAUGAGAUUAUCAUGUUCUUUGUUGGAGUUAGAGGUUGUCUCUGAGGUGAUGCRAGAUGUCAGAGACUCAUUCAACCUAAAUCCAAACGCUACUAACCAAUCAGAACACCAGAUGUUGUUUCUUACCCUUUAAGGUCAAACAGUGAAGUUAAAAAGAGCUAAAGAUCAAACUUAAGUUUGAGACAGAAAUCUGCUGAUAGACAUUGAGAAGUUCUUUACAGGUUCUUCAGAUUGUCUCAGUGAUGUGGACUCAAACAAGAACUUCAUGGAUCCAUCAGACAUUAAGACCUGCAUCCCAGAAAUAUGAUGACAUCAUUUUUUGUCUGUGGCCCACUGAUUCCUUACAGGCUGCAGGUCUUUAAAGCACCUGCUUUUAUUUUCUGUCCACACCAAGUUCUUUCAGAACCACAGCUGGACUGAUAGUAGUUCUGGAUCUUCGUCUACGUCUUCAUCUUAAGCCUAAAAACAGACUKUGCUCAGACAAUCACUCUCCUCUUCCCAAGGUGGAAGGUGAACCUCCCAGAGGAUAAUGACAAGGAUCCCCUGAUGUCACCAGCUACUCAGUGACAUCACCUGCCCUAUUAAUGACAUCACCUGCCCUGCUCAGUGACAUCACCUGCCCUGCUCAGUGACAUCACCAGCCCUAUUAAUGACAUCACCAGCCCUAUUAAUGACAUCACCUGCCCUAUUAAUGACAUCACCUGCCCUGCUCAGUGACAUCACCUGCCCUGCUCAGUGACAUCACCAGCCCUAUUAAUGACAUCACCAGCCCUAUUAAUGACAUCACCAGCCCUAUUAAUGACAUCACCUGCCCUGCUCAGUGACAUCACCAGCCCUAUUAAUGACAUCACCAGCCAUAUUCAAUGACAUCACCAGCCCAGUGUAGCCUCUUUACACUGAUCAAGUUCUAUGACCAUUGUAUGUUAAUUAAUAGGUUAAGUGACCUGUUAAUUGAUCGGGUCAUGUGAUCUGUUAAUUGAUCGGGUCAGGAGACCUGUUAAUUGAUUCGGUCAGGAGACCUGUUAAUUGAUUGGGUCAGGUGACCUGUUAAUUGAUUGGGUCAUGUGACCUGUUAAUUGAUUGGGUCAUGUGACCUGUUAAUUGAGCGGGUCAUGUGACCUGUUAAUUUGCUUUUCAAUUCUGUUACAGACAAACCUGAACCACCGUUUUUAUCAGAUCCAGACCCAAAUCAGUUACAGAUUCUGACCAUGGCUCAGAUCAAGGUCCAAAUUCAGGACUAAAUAAAGGUCCAGGUUCAGUUCUGGAUCCAAGCAA